CCCGGCGUCCCGCCCCCGGGGCUCCUUCUCGCCCAUUGCCCUCCACCGCGAGUCCCCAGCCUUUGGGCAAAGCCUACCUGGUCCACUGAGCAGCCAGAGCUGCUGGGAGCCUCAGAGCCCCCACCCCGCGCCAGCAAUGGCUGAGCCUGGAGAGCAACUGCCGGAGGAGGUGCUGGCACUCAUCUUCUGCCACCUGCCCCUGCGGGACCGCGCUGCCGCCGCCAGGGUCUGCAGAGCCUGGGCUGCUGCUGCCGUCUGCAGCGCCGUGUGGCAUGACACGACCAUCAGUUGCUACUGUGAGCAAGAAGGCAUGCUGCCGCCAUAUCUGUCAACCUGCCUGGACCACAUUCGCAAUCUGCGGCUGGAAUUUGAGCCAUCGAAGGAGCCGAGCCGCCGGCUGGCCACGGAGCUGCUGACCGCCCUGGCCGGCCGUACCCCAGGACUUCGAGGCCUGAGCCUGGAGUGUCGCGGAGAGAAGCCGCUCUUCGACGCGGGCCGCGAUGUCCUGGACGCCGUGUCCGCCAUCUGCCGGGCCGCUCGCGAACUGCGUCACCUCGACCUGCGGCGCUUGCCCUUCACUCUGGACGAUUCCCUGGUGCUGCGGGCGGCACGCGGCUGCCCCGAGCUCCGCAGCCUUUUCCUGAACAACGGUACGCUGGUGGGCAGCGUGGGGCCGGGCUCCGUGCUCGAGCUGCUAGAGGCCUGCCCGCGCCUCUGCACCCUCGGCCUGCACCUGGCCAGCCUGUCACACCCCGCCCUCGAGGUGCUGGCGGCGCCGGACCGCGCGCCUUUCGCUCUCCUGGCCCUGCGGUGCGCCUGCCCUGAGGACACACGGGCCCCCCCUCUGCCCAACGAAGCCUGGGCCGUGUUGCGCCGCCGCCACCCUGGACUGGUUGUGGAGGUGGAACUGGAGCCGGCCAUGCCCGCCGAGAGCGUGACGCGCGUUCUGCAGCCCGCAGUGCCCGUGGCUGCGCUGCGCCUGUGCCUCUCCGGUGACAGCGCGGGCCCGGUGCGCCUCGCCGCGCUCCACUACGCCGCAACCUUGCGCGUGCUCGAGGUGCGCGCCGCCGCGUCUGCCGAGCUGGACUCCGCACUAGAGUGGCUGGCGGAGCGCUGCCCGGGCCUGCGCGAGGUGCACUGCUUCUGCGUGGUGCGACCCUCCGUCCUGCACGCCUUCCUCGCGCACUGCCCGCGCCUGCGCAGCUACACGCUCAAGCUAACGCGGGAGCCCCAUCCCUGGCGGCCCACGCGUGUGGAGUGACGGGGCAAGCCCUCUCCCGCCCCUGCCCCUAGCAGGCGUGCGGCCUCUCAGAUGCCAGGUGGAUUUGCCCAAGAGACGGCCAACUGCUAACCUGCUCCUUCAGGACUCUGUUGCCACUUGUGCCUCUCGAGGAUUUGGGGGGAGGGGUGCCCUGCGUCCACUCAAUGCUCUCAACAUCUGCAGAUGGCCCCGAGGUGCCCGGGGUGCCGGGAUCACCCUCCUCCAACCUCCCUCCUCUGAGAAUGCUGCGCUAGCUCCGCAACCCCCUCUCCCCCGCCCCCACCCCCACCCGUGUGGGGUGGGAGGGGAGGGCACAGGCCAGGCCGAGCCUCAGGGGUAAGUGGGAAAUAAACAAACCCUGCGGUG